AUGGGGAAGACACAGAAGAAGAAUAGUAAAGGACGUUUAGAUAAGUACUAUUACCUUGCCAAAGAAAAGGGAUAUCGUGCUCGUUCUUCAUUCAAGAUAGUACAAAUUAAUGAAAAGUAUGGCCACUUCCUCGAGAAGUCCAAAGUGGUGAUUGAUCUCUGUGCUGCGCCAGGUUCUUGGUGUCAAGUAGCUUCUCAACUUUGUCCUGUUAACUCUUUGAUUAUUGGUGUUGAUAUUGUUCCUAUUAAGCCUUUACCUAACUGUAUUACUUUCCAAUCCGAUAUCACUACUGAAGAUUGUCGUUCUAAAUUACGAGGACACAUGAAGACGUGGAAAGCUGACACUGUUUUGCAUGAUGGUGCCCCUAACGUUGGUUUAGGAUGGGUUCAGGAUGCCUUCACUCAAUCACAGUUGACCUUACAGGCCUUGAAAUUGGCCGUGGAGAACUUGGUUGCUGGCGGUACGUUUGUUACCAAGGUUUUCCGUUCCAGAGACUAUAAUAACUUGAUGUGGGUUUUCCAACAGUUAUUCGACAAAGUUGAGGCUACUAAACCUCCUGCGUCACGUAAUGUAUCUGCAGAAAUCUUCGUUGUGUGUCGUGGGUUUAAGGCUCCAAAGAAGUUGGACCCCAGAUUGUUAGAUCCUAGAGAGAUUUUCGAGGAAUUAGGUAACGAAAAGGUGAACAGUGAAGCUAAAGUUUUCAAUCCAGAUAAAAAGGUUAGACAAAGACAAGGUUAUGAAGAAGGUGAUUAUACAUUAUAUCAUGAGAUGGGUAUUAUGGAGUUUGUUAAGAAUGAAGAGCCCAUAGAAGCAUUAGGUACUUUAAAUAAGUUGAUUGUUCCAGAAAAGGGGGACCCAGAUAUGGAAUGGAAAAUUAUCAAAAAGUUGCCCUCUUGUAACGAGGAAUUGUUGACAUGUUUCACUGAUUUGAAGGUGUUGGGUCGUAAAGAGUUCAAAUUAAUACUUAAGUUCAGAAAGCAAGCAAGAGAACUUUUGGGAUUGGAUGAAAAGGAAGAGUCCAAGGAAAAAACCGUUGUUGAGACCUUGACAGAAGAUCAACAGAUCGAUAAGGACUUACAUGAUAUGACAGAGAAACAAAGGUUGAAGAAUAGAAGAGAGAAGAAGAAACUGAAUGAAAGCAAGCAGAAGGAAAUCGUUCGUCAGCAAAUGAAUAUGUUGACUGAUAUGAACAUAGGUUUGGAAGCUGGUCAAUUGGGAAGUGAAUCAUUAUUUAAUUUAAAAACUGCUGAGAAAACUGGCCAAUUGGACAAGUUGGCUAAAGGUAAGAAACGUAUGGUUUUUGACCAUGAAGAAUUGAUUAAAGACAACGACAUUCAUAUAGGAGUUGACUCCGAAGGCGACAAUAGUGCAGAUGAAGUUGAUGAGUUGGAGGCUCAGUUAGACGACAUGUAUGCUACUUACCAAGAAAGACGAAUGGAAAGAGAUGCAAACUUACGAGCAAAGAAGGCCAGAGGAGACGUCGAUGAUGAAGCAUGGGAGGGUAUUGAAAGUGAUGCAGAAAAAUCUGAUGAUGAAGGCACUAAGUUUGAAGAAAGUGAUGAAGAGGAAGACAGUGAUGGCGAUGAAGCCAUUAAUAGACUUAUCGCCGAAAAUAGAAAAGGUAAGAACGGGUUAUCCAAAAAUGCCUCGGUCUUCUUUGCCUCAGACUCUAUUUUCAACGAGGUUGAUGACGAUGAAUUAUUAAAGGAGUUGGAGGGAUCCAAGACUGCUGCUGCUCCAGGCACCGGUAACGUCAAUGGGAAGAAGACAGAUGCCAUGGAAGUUGACGAGGAAGGUAUUCUGGAAUCAGAAUACAGUGAUAGCGAUAGCGGUAGUGACAGCGACAGUGACUUUGAAGUUGUUGGAAGAGAGCUGGAAUUUGGACAAGACAUGGAAGAGGGCAAUGAAUCUGAUUCUGAUGGUGAGAUUAAUAUUUCAAAACAAUACAAUUCCGCUAAGAAUGAAAAGGAACGUGUGGACCUUGCAACUGUUGAGGCCAUGACACUUGCACACCAAGUUGCACUUGGACAAAUGAACAAAUACGACUUAAUUGAAGAAGGUAUUAAUCGGUAUUCCUUCAGAGACAAAGAGGGCUUGCCUGAAUGGUUCCUUGAUGAUGAGAAGAGACAUAGUAAGAUUGUCAAGCCUAUAACCAAGGAAGCAGCUUUGGCGAUCAAGGAAAAGCAAAAGGCUUUGAAUGCUCGUCCUAUCAAGAAGGUGUUGGAAGCUCAAGGGCGUAAGAAGAUGAGGGCUAUGAAGAGAUUAGAGAAGUUGAAGAAGAAGAGUGAUUUGAUCAAUGAAGAUAGUGCAUUGAGUGAGAAGGAUAAGGCCGAUCAAAUAUCCAAAUUGAUGAGGAAAUUAACUAAAAAACAAAAGGUUAAACCAAAGGUGACGUUGAUUGUUGCAAAGGGUGCCAAUAGAGGUUUAAGCGGAAGACCUAAGGGAGUUAAGGGUAAGUAUAAGAUGGUUGAUGGUGUUCUGAAGAAUGAACAGCGUGCAUUGAAAAGAAUUGCGAAGAAGCAUAAGAAGUAA